CCUGUGAUUUCGAGUCACUGUGCCACUGGACGUUAUCAAAUCACAGCGACCGGAGCGACUGGUCAGUGGUGUCGCCGCAGCAACCAGAAAGCUCUCAGAAGCGGCUGAUGCCUGUGACCGACCACUCAGUGGGAAACUCUGACGGGCACUUCCUGCUCCUAAGCUCCUCCCCUGCCACCGAGGCCUCUGGGAGAUGUGAGUUCACCCUAACCAGCCCAGUGUUGCCAGGAAACGACAGACACUGCAUCUUGCAGGUUGCGCUGUAUGAGUCCGGUCCAGCAGCAGGGAACCUCACGCUCCGGAUCAAACCGGUCCACUCGGACUCAGAUGUUCACUCGGAUGUUGUGCUUAUCAACCACAGGAGGCGGGAUGAAGGCAGGGCUGAGUGGGAGGUUCUGGAUGCUAUGAUUGGUCAGGUGGACGAGCCCUUUCAAAUGAUCCUUCUCUACACUUCCUGUUUGGGGGAAGAUGGAGGGACUGUGGCUCUGGACUCUCUGGAGCUCAUAGACUGUGACUCAGAACACCAGGGACUCGGGCUGGAUGCAAAUUGUUGGGAAUCUUUCCACUGUGUAAACUCAGGAGACUGCAUCGGCCUGAGCCAAGUCUGCAACUUCCACACCGACUGUCCUCUAGGAGAAGACGAGGGCUUCAUCUGUGGCGCUCUUCCGUUUGGCUCUCACUGUUCUUUUGAACCGGAUACAUGUGGUUGGUCCGUUUCCAAACAGCGCUCGGCCUGGAGAAGGGUGGAAGGAGACGAUCUUCUGGAGGAAAAAGACCUGCAGGGCGUCGCUCUGCAGAGCACACCAGGGCACUUCCUGUUUCUGCAGGUUAGAGAGAGUAACUCCCUAAGAGAGGCGUCCAUUCAGAGCCUUUCGUUCCCUCCGCCAGUCUCCACCUCUGCCUGCCAGUUGCGUUUCUCUCUCUACUUGUACGGGGACUUCAAUGGUUCUUUGCUGGUGGCCAUAGAGGAGAAUGGGACUAACACUGCACCACUGGUGUGGGAGAGAAGCGAUCAGUGGACAGACGACUGGGAAGAUGUUGCCCUGCAGCUGACCGGCCUUCAUCAUGAGUUCCACAUUAAGGUGACAGCUGUGUGGGGAAAAGGCUCUAAUGCUGACGUCGCUCUCGAUGAUAUUGCCCUCGGAGCAGCCUGCUUUGAAACAGAUUUGAACUCCCUCCUGCCCAUGACGGACUUGGAGGAUUUCUUAAGCCCUCUUCCAGAGCCUUCAGCCUCAGAGGUGUCUUUGAUGACAUGGUUGUUUAACUCAUGCGGUGCCAGCGGACCCUACGGUCCGACCCAGGCCCAGUGUGACAGCACCUACAGGAACAAAAAUGUCAGUGUCACUGUGGGGAAGGAAGACCCUUUAAAAGGAGUCCAGAUGUGGAGGGUACCAGCUACAAACAGAUACAUGAUCUCUGCGUAUGGGGCUGCAGGAGGGAAAGGAGCAAAAAACCACAACAAACGCAACCACGGGGUCUUCAUAUCGGCCAUAUUUCCUCUGGAGAAAGGAGAUCUACUUUACAUCUUGGUGGGCCACCAGGGAGAGGAUGCAUGCCCCGGGAGAAAUCCCCACACUCAGAGGAUCUGCCUGGGGGAGUCCUCAGUGAUCGAAGACAACGUCGGCGGAGAGGCUGGAGGGGAGUGGGCUGGAGGAGGAGGGGGAGGAGGAGGGGCCACCUUCAUCUUUAAGCCCCCUCUCCCAGCAGCUCCUCUGGGAACGCCUCUGCAUGGCCACAUGUCAACAUCUUUGAUCCUGGCGGUCGUGGUCUCCACCAUCGCGAGUGGCAUCGCGCUGAUCUGCACCGGAGUCAUUCUCAUGUGGUACCGCAGGAAGAACUACCUGCACGCAGUGAGGGGGCGUCUGCAGAGUCCAGAGUACAAGCUGAGCAAGAUCCGCUCCUCCACCAUCAUGACGGACUACAACCCAAACUACUGCUUUGCAGGGAAGGCCGCCUCGCUCAAUGAACUAAAGGAAGUGCCGCGCAAGAACAUAACACUUCUCAGGGCUCUCGGCCACGGUGCAUUUGGGGAAGUCUACGAAGGACAAGUCCUGGGGAUUAGUGGCGAUAACAGCCCCUCUCAGGUGGCCAUAAAGACUCUCCCAGAAAUCUGCUCUGAACAGGAUGAAAUGGAUUUCCUGAUGGAGGCUCUGAUUAUGAGCAAGUUCAGCCAUGACAACAUCGUGCGCUGCAUCGGUGUCAGUCUGAACAUCCUGCCACGCUUCAUCCUGCUGGAGCUGAUGACCGGAGGAGACAUGAAGAGCUUCCUGAGACAGAACAGACCACGAGCUGGCCAGACUUCUUACCUCACCAUGCGGGAGCUGCUGCAGAUGGCUCGAGACAUCGCCUUCGGCUGUCGCUACCUGGAGGAGAACCACUUCAUUCACAGAGACAUUGCUGCGAGAAAUUGCCUGCUCACCUGCCCUGGACCAGACCGAGUGGCUAAAAUCGGAGACUUUGGCAUGGCACGAGACAUAUACAGAGCCAGCUAUUACAGGAAAGGUGGUCGUGCAAUGCUGCCCGUUAAAUGGAUGCCACCGGAGGCCUUCAUGGAGGGAAUCUUCACCUGCAAGACUGAUACAUGGUCGUUUGGAGUGCUGCUGUGGGAGAUCCUCUCUCUGGGGUACAUGCCGUAUCCCUGUAAGACCAACCAGGAGGUGCUGGAGUUCGUCACCAGCGGAGGCCGGAUGGAUCCUCCCAAGAGCUGCCCGGGGCCUGUCUAUCGGGUGAUGACCCAGUGUUGGCAGCACUGCCCCGAGCACCGGCCCAACUUCUCCACCAUCCUGGAGAGAAUGAACUACUGCUCUCAGGACCCAGAUGUGAUCAACACCCCCCUACCAGUGGAGUACUCCCCCACAUCAGAGGACGACAGCAGCACAAUAAUCCGUCCCUCUGACCACACCUCCUCCAGCCUCACUCCCCUCCUGGUGUCCCAUCCUGUCUCCCAGUCCCCCUCCCCCCAGCUGGGUCUCUCCUCUCUGGGCCUUGGUUCCGCCCCUCUUCCCCCGCAGCCCACCAAACCCCGUCUGCUCCUCCAGAGGACCCAGCCCGUCCACCACGAGGUGACGUCCUGCCGCGAGGCUCUGGAGCCGUCCUGGGCCGAGCCUGUUCCAGCCCCCGGUCUGUCGGCAGGAGGCCACUGGCUUCAACCCGAGCCCCCCCACCACCGACCGUGCUCCAGAAACAGCUCUUCCUCAGGGAGCCAGAGGCUGAAGAACAAGACCAAGAACCUGUGGAACCCCACAUAUGGAUCCUGGGUUCUGGAAAACCUCCGUGGGAAGAAAACACUAGCUCACACUCAGUCCAUGCCUCUCUCCAGCUCCGCCUCCUCCAACUCUCAGGCCUUGGAGAGCAACGAGGCUGCGUGUGACCUCAGUCCUUCCUCGACACCGUCCCCUUCUUCUCAGGCUCAAGCGACUCCGAGCACAUCCUCCCAUAAGACCCCAACUGGUGGCACCACCAAAGCUGGAAUGGAUCUGGCUAAGUUACAGAGUUUCCCCUGUGGCAACGUCAACUACGCCUACGAUGAGCAAAGCUACGAGGCGGAGAGGUUACCCCUGGUGAAGCUCAAAGCCCCAGAAGCCAUCUCCAACACCAGCUCUGCCCCCAGUGCCUCUUCAGGGACAGGCCUGGGCCUGGCGCUGGGUCUCCCCCCCUCCUCCUCCUCAUCCUGCAUGCCCAAGCUGCUGCUGAAGCGCCACGCAAGCUACGGACACGAGGACAUGAGGAGACACACCAAAGCUGAGAAGCCCACACGUGACCGAGACUCAGGCUUCUCUUUGUCUGAAGACCUCAGCGUCACCCCCAUCUAAGAAACCGCCUUCUAUUACAGGGAUUUAGAUUGAUAUAAAAAUGAAAUGUCCCCCCCCAAAGCGCUUUUUCUCACCAGCUGAGACUAAAGUGUUUUUGAGUUUCUGGAACAAAAAGCAUGACCACCACAGUCUGAGAGCCACUACAUCGAAUUUAUUAGAGCUCUGGGAAUGCUGGAAAACACAAACAUGCCUCUGCUCUGUGACACAGAGAGCCAACGCUGGACUCAGAGCUCCUUCCUGGGCCUCUGGUAGAUGAACACUGGACGACAAGAUGCUUUCUCUUGUCCACAUUAAAUAACUGCUGUAAAUGGAAUCCUUUUCUACCUUUUAUGUUUUAGUUUUUUCAUGAGAGCUUUUGCUGUAAUAAAUGUUGCAUAAUUGUAAACCAUUUGUUGGAAUUUGUAGUAAUCAGUGUAGGCUACAGAAGGACCGUAACAUGCCAAAAAUAUUGAGCCAUUGGGAAGAGAAUCGCCAAACGUGUGUUUUUGUUUGAGAAUGUUUAAUUUCAGAAGUUUGUUAUUCAGAAAAGGCUCUAAUUACUAAAACGUUUCAUUUUGAAUUGUAUGCAUACAUCAGAUACACUUAUGUGUUUCGGAUUUUCUUCACCCUACACAAUGUGAAAGCACAUACUUCAAGUAUAUUGCAAUAACAUGUCUCUGCUGUUUUCUCUCAACACAAGGUCUACUUACUUGGCGCUCCUAAUGCGUCCCCAGCAGAUGGGAGCUUGCUGAGUUUUCCAUGGAGGUGAUUUAGUUAAGUUCACUUUUAAGAUAAAACUCAAGAAAUGUCUCUGCUACCGGCCCAGAAAUAGUCAUGCACUUAAACUGCUUUACAUUUCAGAUAGUGUGCGGAUUAAACCAACAAGAUAUUAUGUUUUAUUGGUGAGCUUCAGAGAAACGAGCAGAUAUUUCAAGGGUGGCUGUUUUCCAGUUCCCUCGUAGGUAUGCUAAGCUAACCACUUGCUAGCUGUAGCUACAAACUACUAUGAAAGUGGUUUCUAUUUUCUCAUCCAACUCUUUAGCAAAAUGUUAUAUUUUCCAUAAAACAAAUCGCCUUAUAUAGUUUUAGAAUUGCUUUUGUUAAGUGGUGACUUGCUUCCUGUAUAGUCAAUGAUUAAGUGGAGCUUUUGCUGAGAAAUGUUUGCCAAUUUACAUAAAUGUAUUAUUUUUUCACAUUUUUUACUGUUCUCUUUCCCUAUGUCCCCAUAUUUACUUGGACCGCAGGUCUCAUAAAUGUAUAAGCGUGUAGAAUGUGAUGACCAUGCAGCUGUGGAGAUAUUUUUGUACUCACUUCGUACACUGGACUAAUCCAUUUGCAUUUGUAGCUGUAUUGUUUUUUUCACUUAUGUUAAUGAUGGAUCUGUAGUUGAUCACUGCCAUUAAAUACUGCUGCACUGCAUCUGCUGAUGUAGUGCUGGUAGUACCUAUGUUUACUCAGCAGGGGGAGGUAUUCAGAUAUACCAAAGGUGCUGCUGUAUCUCAGUUCAUAUUAUUCAAAGAUUAUUCAGUAUUUAUGUUUCUUAUUUAAUCGAUUGUGUUUGAUACGUGUCUUUAUUUUCAUCCUAAACAUUUAUUUUUGAAUAUGUUGUGUGACUGGUUAAAUGUAUAUAGGGGUUAUUUAGGCUUACUGUAUGUGUUUAUGCUCAGGCCUGAUGUUAGUGAGAGAUGUUAGGGUUGCUCUUAAUUCCACUUAAAAUUAGAAACGGUGACUCACCAAAAGGCUGACUAUCUUUUUCUAAAGUCACAUUUUUAGCUAGAGAUGUGCCAUUAAAAAAACAUUGAUUAAUGUGGAAUUUAUUUUACAGAGAAAGACAAAUCCAUCUGUGUCCUGCUCUCAGUGUAUAUUCUUGGCCUGGUGCAUUUUAUUUCACACUUAUUAUAAAUGUUUUUUCUUCUGUAUUCUUGAAGUAGCUGAGGGUGUUAUGCCUCAACCAAAAAUGCAAAGAUAUUCUAUGCAAAACACUGUAUUUCACACUUUCCUCUAACCUUACUGUGCCCCAAAUAAAUCAACAUA